AUGUUUUUUCAUUUCUAUCUUUUAUAUCUUUUGUAUUUAUUUCAUCUAUCUAUCUAUCUAUCUAUCUAUCUCAUCUAUCUAUCUAUCUAUCUUCUUUUCCCAUCUAUCUAUCAAUCUAUCGUCUUCAUAUCUAUCUAUCUAUAUCUUUCUAAAUCUAUCUUUCUUUUAAAUCUAUCUGAUUUAUCUAUCUAUCUUUCUAUCUAUCUAUCUAUCUAUCUAUCUAUCUAUCUUUAUCAUAUUUCUAUCUUCUAUCUAUAUUUCAUAUCAUCUAUUGAACUUAUUAAAACUUUCUUCAUCUAUCUAUCUAUCUAUCUUAAAUUUCUAUCAUCUAUCUAUUAUUCAUCUAUCUAUCUAUCUUCUGUUAUCUUUUGGCAUCUAUCUGUUGAAUUAUUUUUUUAUCUAUCUAUCUUCUAUCUAAUCUUCUUUUUUCCUAUCUAUAUAUCAAUAUCAAAUCUUCAAUCUAUCUAUUCAUAUAUCUUUUGGCAUCUAUCUUUUUAG